CUUGAAGGAGCAGCCGUUAGCUUCGCUAGGUGGAAUGAGAGUGAAUGCUUUUCUACUAAAAUGACUAAGGACAGGCUAGACCAGCUCAUUAAUGCUGGUAAAAAUAAUUCAAAAAAACUUAGUAGACCAGUUCCCCAGCAGGUAGAGGAUGGCGAAGAGACUGAAGAAACUGAAAUGACAGCAUUGACAGGGCAGAAAGUUGAGCCCGUCAUAGUAAAAACAAAAAAUAAAGAUACUAAAAAUUUAGACAAAGUAUACAAGCAGGUAAAUAACAUCAAUGCAUUAAUAUCACAAAUCAAUGAAGAUAUAGUUCAACUGAAAAGAUACCAUGUAAGGAUGCAGCAAUCCACAAGAACUGAUACAAGAGACAGAGAGCAAAUUGAUUCAUUGAAUGAAAACAUUAAGAUUACUGCUAUCAAAAUCAAAACUGAGCUGGAAGAAUUGGAAAAAGAGAAAAAAGGAAAUGAAGAAAUGGUAGUAUAUAGAGUUGUUAAAACACAACAUUCCUUGAUUACAAAAAGGUUCAGAGAAACAAUGGAGGAUUACGAGAACAGUUUGACAGCUCAUAAAAAAAUAUGCGAAGAUAUUAUUAAAAGGCAAUUGAAAAUAGUCAUUGAGAGGCUACUACUAAGGAAGGUGACAUGUGUUCCAGCGGACAGAGAAGUUACUGAUGAGCAGCUGUGCACUAUGUUAGAUGCGGAAGAUACAGCUGUUUUUGUUGAUAAUUACACUAAAGAAACAUUAGAAGCUAGACAGUCACUUGAAGAUGCUAGAGACAGGCACAAAGAAAUUUUAAAAAUUGAAAAAGCCAUUGAAACAAUCAGAGAAAUGUUCUUUGACAUUGCAAUGCAGGUGACCCAACAGGGAGAACUGAUAGAAAGAAUAGAGUAUCACAUAGGCGAUGGUUAUGAAAAGACCUUUAAAGGGCAUACAAAACUGAAAAUAGCAGAAGAAUUAAUGAGGAAAGCUAGGAAGAAAAAAUGCUGGUUAAUAAUUUGUCUACUGAUAGUUAUCGCAAUAAUUUUUCUUUAUGUACUAGCGGAAAUAUUUUUAAUACCAAAUUAGAUGCAUUACCAACUGUGUGAAAGUUCCAAAGAUAAAAUAUAUGUACAUUAUUUAUAUAAAAACAUUCUAUAUUAUAUACAAUUUUUUUUUUUACCUUUGCAAUGUAUAUUUUAUAAAAAUAAAAUUGCUCAUUCAAAUGUUAAUUGUUUUAAUACUAACAGUGUUUUAAAAUUUAUAUACAUAAAAUAUCCUUUAGUGCAGCUCAUGAGACAUAAACCAACUAUGACAUGCAUAACCUGAAAAAAAAUAAUUCUGGUUGGUUUUAUUAUAAUAAAUAAGGUAUACCUA